AUGCACGCGCGCGCCUCUCGAGCAGUUUCUGAAGUCGUUGUGGCUGCAGGUACUGCCGGGGCGAUCGCUACGGCCUAUUGGCUGCUGCAGCACUUCCUCCCGACCGACGACGAGCAGCGCCAGCCAAUGGAUACAAUCGCUGCACGAGGCAGUUGUCGGUCCGACGAGACGCGCGACGUGGACGACAGCUUCGCGGCGCUCCCUAUUGUCUCUGAGGCAGAGAGCGGUGACGCAAACGACGACGCGAGGGACUACACGGCCGAUUGCUACACGCCCCACGACGACGUCUGCGUGUUCGCUGUCCGCGUUCAGACGCAGGUGAAGGCCCUCUCGGAGGCUGCGACGGAUCGCUUGUCGAUUGGGUGUCGACUCUGCGACGCUGAGGCCGACGACUUGGAAACCGCUUCCGAGCUGUCCAUGGCCGACACGGCGUCAAGCAGCGCCGACAGCGCCGCGUACUUGUCGAGUGGAUACAACAGCGAGCAAGAGGAUGUGCGACUCGGGCCGAGCUUCGGGACGGAGCAGUGGCUGUAUGUCCGACUGUAG